AUGGCCGUUGAUCCUUUCUCGCCCAUUGCGCCCGCGCGCAUUCGGGUGCUUCUGGUCCCCGCUGGCAAGAUCAAGCGCUCGCGCUUCAUGACAUGUGUCGAGCGCCUGCAGCCCGAGUCCUCCGUCCGCCUGGGCGAUGUGACCCCAGACCCGCGCCCAGAUCGAACCAUGUUUUCGCCCUUGCGCAACCCCGAGGGCACCGUGCUGUACUAUUUCACAACCUCCAUGCCGCCAGCCUCCUACAUCUCCCUGUCUCCCUUCGAGCUGUGUCGAGAGCCGCUCAUGGUCCUCGGCGUCGCUGACGGAGAGGAGUACCAGGAGGCCUUGGACAGCGACGGCGCCAACGCUGCUGAAGACAAGACUAACACCGCUCUAAAACGAGAGGAGCUGAAUGAAGUCGUCGAUGUCAUGCGCGAGGAAUACCCUCGUGCUGUCGUGCACAAGCUUCUCCUCUUUGACUGCGGCCUUCCUUCUCUACCCCCCUGGCUGCCCGAGGAAACCAUACUCGUGCCGCCUCAGUCGGAAUCCACCAGCACCACCAUGAAGACCGUAAUGUGCGAUCUUUCGUCGCUGCUACUCGCAGAGUUGACCGGGCUGUCCAAGUCUUUACAAGCAUUGCCCGAGAUCAGCAUUGCUUCUGGCCCUUCCUCUCCCGUCCCUCCCAAAUCGCCCUUCUCUCUCGUCCGGCAGAGUUCGUUUGGCUUUGGAGCGGCAGAAAACACUGUCUCCCGCACCGCAUCUCCUGCCCAGCCUGUUCAGAUCCAGCAGCUGCAGAAGCAGGAAGCAACCGGGAGACGAGGCUCCCUUGGUUUGCGGCUAAGUCCCCCUGCCGACCAUCUCCGCGCAAUUACCCCUCCAGAACUCUCACCAGCUGAAGAUAAAUCGGGCGAGACGACUCCGACCGAUUCCAUGCCUACACGCCCUCGCGCUCUCCAGCGAUUCUCGAUCCAGGGCUUCGGAUCCGGCAGCAUGGAAGAAAAGGCAAGGCUCAGCAAUGCUUGCCGGCAUGAUCUAGUCGACGCCCAAGUCUGCUUAAUGGCUGGCUUUGUUGCCGAAGGCCUCAAGAGAGCUCAUGAAACCUACCUCAAGGCAGAGAAUGUCAACGAGCACUUGGUUAUGGGAAAGGCUUUGGAGCAGAUGCUUAUCUGCUCUCUAAUUCUCGUUGGCCAUGAACAGGAGUUCGAAAUACCCACGACCUGCACGCCUAGCACAAAGGGGAUGCCGGUGUCCGGCACUCUUGCAAAUGUCAUUGAAUACACUCCGGAACUCAUUUCUCGAGUGAUGAGCUUUUACAGACUCUCCUUCAAGAGCGAUUCAGGCCAUCUGCUUACUUUGGUCGACGCGGAGAACAAGAUCCGAAUGUCGAAUCUCCUUACAGCAAUAGAACGCUUGGGCAAAACUUUUACACCAAAGGAGUUUCUAGCAAAGGUGGAGAGCCAAUCCGAAAACAGCUCACCUCCUGUGAAAGGAAGUUCAAGCAGGAUUGUCUACAUCUCAAAUAUUCUCUCCGACGCCAUCGAUUCAGUGUCCUCAUCGGCGACUAUUACCGACACGGAACGGGCGACAGUAUACGCUGAAGCGGCAGGGUGUUUGGCCAAACUGGGUCUCUCGAGGAAACGGGCGUUUGUCGUCACACUCUUGAUGGAUAUCCUGGUCCCGGCACUGCUUCAGGCACGGAAACUGGGAGCUGCCGAAAUGGGAAUUCAUCCUGCUGCAGGGAUGCUUGCGGGCGGCCUGGUCCAACCCAACGACAGAAAGUACGGCGAAACAGUCUUCAUCUUCCUAGAACAGUUUGUGCGCGAGUACGGUGUUCCCGCCAGAAGUCGACUUGAGUCCAAGGCCGACGGCGUUUCAGAAAACCUUCGGGCUUACGGGAGUAUUGUGCUCAAGGCGGAAGUUCUCCGGCGGUGUAUCAAUGUCUGUGAGGCGAUGGCAGAUCUUCAAGGAGUAUUGGACUUUUCCUCGUCGUUCCUCAGCAUAAUUGCCCCCCAGGAACCCCUCGAAGAGACAGACCCAGGCUUCAGAUGCCUUAUGCCACGAGAAGAUCAGCAUCGGUUGGUACAAAACAUACAUCGUUCUUUGGAAGCUGCGAAGGCGGUUGGCAUGGAGCAAACUGAAGCGCUCUUCUGGUAUGAUCAUCUUGUACACAGCGUCAAGUAUGAUUCAGAGCGCGCAGGGCGUGACCUGACUCUCCGCAAAAACACAAAUGACGACCCGCUGCAAAGAACCAGCGCCAGGUUCGAGCACCAAGCUUUUGGAGACAGAAACAAAGGUUCGGCCGUGGUGCCACUCGUGGCAGGCGAGCCCAGUGAAUUCAUCGUAACACUGCGCAACCCCUUCGCCUUUUCUCUUGACAUCGAGUCCAUCAAACUGGUGUCGACGAAAGGUGUCGAGAUUGCCUGUCCUCCCAAUCUGACGUACCAGAUUCCGCCUUGCGCGGUGCAGCCAUUGCGCGUCCCGGUCGUCGCCACCGUUCCAGACGUCCAUGAUCUGGUCAAGCUGCGCGUCAAGGUGCGCCAGUGCCGCGAAAGGGAUUUCGAUGUCUCCAUCAGCCGAACGACAAUCCAAGAGGUGGAGAAGAUGAAGGAGGUGGGCCACAAUAUUGCAAAAUCCAAGGGGACUACAGACACAUCGAGGCCAGGUACAGCGACGACCAUCAGACCCGUCUCGCGAGGACAGCCGGCUCUGCCGUCCGUCACCGUGGUGCCGCAGCAGCCGAGCCUCGCUAUCAGAACCAAUCUGAUACAGGACACCAUCUCCCUUCUGGAGGGAGAGACAAAGACUUUCAAAGCCACCAUCAGCCACGACGAGAAGGACAAACCCAUCAAGGCCAACAUCCUGCACAUGCUCGGACGUAACAAUACCGUGGAUGUGCUAAGGGUUUCUCGUAGAAGCAGUAACCUCCCUUCGCAGAUAUACGAGCUCGGCCAGGACAUCGGCCGCGCUGAGUGGAAGUCCAGAGACUUCAAGCCUUCGUCGCACCUCGACCCGUACAAGACCAUGACCUUCACCGUUGACGUCUUUGGCGUCCCCGGCCUGAACAAGGGCAUUGUUGGUGUCGAGUACGCUGCAGCGGACAAGCCGCCGGAGCUCGGAGACUAUUUGGUGACGAGCAGAGUCUCCCAGGAGAUAGCAGUCACCGUCCAGCCAUCCAUCACCGCCUCGCACUUCUCCGUGUUGCCUGGCCGCGAGGCGAGCGAGCACAUCGCGGCCAAGUUCCCGCACGCAGACCUGAACGAGCAUUUUGUCUUAAUCUUCGACUUCCUCAACGUCUCGGACCGCGAGCUCGGCGUUGAAGCCUGGUACGACGAGGCGGCCGCCGUCCCCGCCUCCCCGACCAGGCCACAGCCGCCGCCGUCGUCCGGCGCAGACCACCCACUCACCAGUCGCUCCGACUACCUCAAGCCGGGCCAGGCCAGCAGCAUGGCGGUGCUGGUGCCCAAGAUCCACCUGCCCUACUCCAACGACGCGAUCCCGGCGGCGCAGGACCGGCAGUUCGUGCUGACGGACACGCAGCCGCUGUCGCGCGAGGACCGCAUGUGCUUCUGGUACCGGCAGAAGUUGCUGCAGAGCCUGCGCUGCCGCUGGCGCGACCGCUCGGGCGCGCGCUCCGGCCUCGUCAACUGCGCCGCGCUCCGCCUGACGUCCGAGACGGUCGGCUACAUCAUGUCCAUCCUGUCCAUCAGCAUGUCGCUGCCGCCCGAGCUGCGCGUCACCACCGCCACCACCGCCGCCGCCGCAGCCGCCGCCGCCUCCGCAUCAACCAACCACUCAUACCACCACCACCACUCCCCAUCGUCAGCGCUUACCCCCAUCCCCCGCCCCCUCUACACCCUCCGCCGCGGCGACACCGCCAAAGUCACCGCCACCCUCGUCAACACCUCGCCCGACACGGCGCACAGCUUCACCGUCGCGCCCGUCGUGCGCGUCCGCGGCGGCUCGCCCCAGCUCGACCCGGACGACGGCGUGCGCUCGCGCAUCGCGCAGCAGCUGCUCGGCUGGGCCCGCCGCGUCCGCCUCGAGCCCCGCGCCCAGACCACGCUCGAGAGCGAGCUCGUGUGUCCGUUUGGCGUCGGCGGCUGGACCGGGUUCGUCGUCGAGUUGGGCUUGGAGGUUGCGGAGGGGCCGUUUCCGCCGACGGGGACGGGGGCUGGUGCGGGGGCGGCUGGUGCGGGGGUUGGGCAUGUGGGGAGUUUGUGUUGGGUGCAGGUUGUUGUGUGA